AUGGAUGCGGCAUCAACCAGGCGCCAUGAGCCCUCUCACACGCCACCAGACCACGAGCAUGAGACCGAUGGCGGUCCUCAAGCCAAGAAGAGAAAAGUCCGCAAAGGAACGAGGAGCUGCUGGGAAUGCCGGCGACGCAAGAUGAAAUGCAUCUUUGGCUCUCCCGCAGACACCAUCUGCGUCAGCUGCCAGCGACGCGGAGCCAAAUGCGUGGACCAGCAGUUUCCGGAGCAGAUUUCAACACCUUUGGACCGCAGUCUUCAGAUGGGAGAUCGAGUUGUGAGAGUGGAAGCGCUAGUUGAACAGUUGCUCAAGAAGAUGUCCAGUGGCUCGGAUUCGUGCUGCGGAUGUGGGACGACGCAAGAGGAUGAAAAGUUUAGCAAGGUCAGCAGUCCUAUGCUUGGGGAACCAGACAAUACUUCAUAUGAACCUAAAUCUUUGAAUCAUGACGACACUCCUCAAUACGAAAUCCUAGACCGCCAGGGUAUUCGACCUCCACAUCUAGUAGACAGUAAGAGUCGUUCUAUCCAAUCGGGAAAAUACAAAGACUUGUCCCGCGCUCUCUUCGAAGCCUUGCCUACGCCAAAAGACAUUGCCAUAAUUUCCAAAGCACGCGGCGACUUGUCUGCGCGCUUCUACCAGAUGCUUACCGUUUCGUACCAUGAUCUCGGCAAAAGCGAUCCUCAAUCAUUAGGCAGCUUGUUUGAGCCGUCAGGACCAAAUACCCACCCCGUCUUAAUCGGUCUUUACAUGCUCAGGAUUGCCACCUUCUUACAACACUUGCAUCCGAAUCUUCAUGAGAACCUCAAAGGGUUGUCAGAACCGCCACGCCAAAUCAUGAACCGCUUAUUCAACACCGCCAUCAAUCUUGUGAAUUCAAACGAGAGCCUCCUCAACAACAUUGAAGGCAUAGAGUGCGUAAUGAUGGAGAGUCUGUGGCAUACAAACGGCGGAGAUUUACGCAAAGGCCUGACUGCCAUCCGGAGGGCCAUGACUAUCGCGCAGCUCAUGGGUUUCCAUCGCUCCAGGAGCUCAGCGCAGUGCAGGCUUCUGGGCUCUGAGAGACAAGUCCAGCCGAAAUUCAUCUGGUUCCGCAUUGUAUUUGCAGAGCGGCAUAUUUGUCUCAUGCUGGGCCUCCCUCAAAGCUCCAUCGAUCAGAGUAUGGCUUCCAAUGAGGUUCUCGAAAGCGACACGCCCAUGGGACGUCUUGAGCGCAAACAUUGCGUUAUCGCAUCUCGUAUUCUGCAACGCAACCAGUCCGAGCCAAGUCCUGAUGACUUUGCCUUGACGCAAGAACUAGAUAAAGAGCUGCAAAAGGCCGCCGAAGAGUUGCCCAAAAAGUGGUGGCUUCACUCAAAUCUUGCCACGGUCUUGGACGACCCGGAGAGGCUCUUCUGGGAUAUGCGACGGCUGUUUCACCAACUGUUUCACUACACUCUUCUCAACCAGCUUCAUCUACCUUACAUGCUUCGCUCAUCGCUAAACGGAUACGAAAGCCAAUACUCCAGGCUAACAUGCGUUACCGCCUCUCGCGAAGUGCUUUCCCGAUUCAUAACGUUCCGCAGCGCCGAUCGCAUAGCUUUCUGGUGCCGAACAAUGGACUGGUUCUCCUUAAUGGCAGCCAUGACGCUUCUAAUAGCACAUCUGGACGGGCACCGCCGAGGUUCCGAGUCUGCAAGAUUAGAGAAUUGGCUGACGCACCAACGACCCGGAGACCGUGCAAUGAUAGAACAGGUGCACGAAAGCAUGGAGGAGGUCAGCCAACGAAACGGAGAUGCUCUGGGAGCGCGCAGCGUAGAAUUGCUACGGAAGCUGCUAGUCAUUGAAGCCGAGGCUGCCGGUGGCCAUGCAGAAAAUGUGAAUAGAGUGAACGUGCAUGUUGCGACGGCCGGUGACCCAGUUGAUGGAGAGAGAAGCGGCGCCGUGCGGGUGUACAUACCGUAUUUUGGCACAAUCAAGAUUGCGCGUGGCGGCAUAAUCUGCAAGGAAAUGCUUACAGAUGCAGCUGAUCAACAUUCGACACAAGCUCCCGAAGCAAAUCUUGCAGAUGAUAUCGCCGGAACUGCGAAGACUUGGGAUAGCACACUGGCUGAUGCAGGAUACGGCAGCAGCGGCGUGUUGACACAUGCAGAUACAAUGCCCGAGAGCUUUUCACAACAGGAGGAAGAUUCUCUGUUUACUUCAGGGUUUGAUGACUGGGCUUAUCAGAGUGUUGAUGUGGCCUUUUUUGACAGCUUGAUGAGAGAGAUUGGAGAUGGGCCUGCCGAGCUGGGCUAA